CACCUUCCACUCCAACAUCGUAACCCGGCGCCAUGGCCUCGUCGUCAUCACGAUUCGCAAGCUCAGGAGGACCAAGAACAUCAGCGCCACCCGCCUCUCCAGCUCAAAGCAUGGCAGCCGCCUCAUCUUCGUCUUCUUCAUCAUACCCGCUCUCUCCCUCGCCCCGCUCCUCCCUACCAGGACGAAGUCGCAUGAGCACCCCUUCCUCGGCCCUACCAGCAGGCGUGGCAAGCUACCUCGCACGGACGCCUAGCGUAUCAGGACCUUCCGCAUCUUCUGCCUCAUCCUCGCAGCACCAAGACCUUCUCGAUCGACCAAGAGACAAGACCAAGACCACGCAGGUCGCAUCGAGCUCGCUCUCCUUUCUCUACGCAGAGAUUGUCUCCUACACGCAAGGGCGAGUCACUGGUAUUGGCGAUCUGGAGCGUAGGCUCAGCCUGCUUGGCUAUCAUCAUGGACAGCGCCUUCUUCCCCUGUUGCACUCACGGCUAGAGUCCCCGACAGGCGGAGGGGCGUCGAGCUCGAACAAGAAUCCAAAGAGGGAGACGAGAUUGCUGCCUAUGCUGCUUUGGGUUCAUGGGCAGGCUUGGAAGGCUCUCUUUGGCAAGGCAGCAGAUAGCUUAGAGAGGAGCACGGAGAGAAGUGAUGAAUACAUGAUCUCUACCAACCAACCCGUCUACUCGCGGGGCAUCUCCGUGCCAAAGGACAUGUCACAGCUCUCUGUCGAGGCGUAUACGGCUGGCAUCGUAGAGGCAAUCUUGGACGGGAUGGGCUUUCCAGCGAGGGUGACUGCGCACUCUGUGCCUACAGCUGAGCAUCCGCAGCGGACGACUAUUUUGAUCAAGCUGGACAAGACCGUCAUGGAGAGGGAGGAGGCGCUCGGUUGAGAGAGGUGGAGAAAGCGACACAAGGGGCUCAAUGGAUACCAUCGCAGUAUGCUAAUCACCGUGUGAGGCCCGAGGGUGUUGUGUGAAUGAAUGG